ACAGUACAGGGAUGACCAGAGACUGCGGACACAGUACAGGGAUGACCAGAGACUGCGGACACAGUACAGGAGAUGACCAGAGACUGCGGACACAGUACAGGAGAUGACCAGAGACUGCGGACACAGUACAGGAGAUGACCAGAGACUGCGGACACGGUACAGGGAUGACCAGAGACUGCAGACAGUACAGGAGAUGACCAGAGACUGCGGACACAGUACAGGAGAUGACCAGAGACUGCAGACACAGUACAGGAGAUGACCAGAGACUGCGGACAGUACAGGGGAUGACCAGAGACUGCGGACAG